GGUCCGGUGUCUCGUGGCGCAGGCUUUCCUCGGACAUCGUUGACCCUGCUUCGGCUCUUGUGAUGUAAAUACUCCACAACUAACUGUUACUUCUACUCUCCAUCCGUUGUGCGUGUUCAAAAAGGGCCAGAAAAGUGCUCGUUGAACGAAUAAUUUCGUCUUUCGACAGAGGAGAUCGAGAGCUUUAGCCAAGUUUAGGCAAUGGACGACUCCGAAGACAUGUCGAGGCCUCAGCAAAGAGGGACCGGCGCUCCAGCUAGUGCUGAUAACUCCGGUCGGAUGUUGUCGGCAGGUUGGAGGCGCGGCAGUUUGAAGGACUGGAAGGAAACCGGCACGACCCUGUCCGUCGCCGCUCCUGAGAGCGCCGCUGAAAUCCGAUCCACGGCCACAGGAGCUCUGCGGCAUGACACACACACCGGGUUCUUCUGCUUCGAGAGGGCCGUGGAGACCACGUUCGUUCUGCCAUGGGAUAUGAAUCCUCGCGUUCAGCCGGAGCGAUUUAGCGAGAAGCUGAGAACGGGAAUUCGCAGUGAGCUGUUGGACGCCGCAGCGUUGUCGAUCUUGGAAGCAUCAGGAGCGCUGAACUGGAAUGUGUGCGUUCAAUGGUCGGUCAAGGCUACGAACCCGGAGCGUUGGGUACCGGUGGAUGGUAACCUGUUCGUUGAGCUGGAACGUCUGUAUCACACGGCGGACACGGAAUGCAGUAUACCAGCACUCAACGUGGUGGUCAGCUUCGCCAAGAACAUGAUCCAGAUCCCUGGCAGUCCAGUACAGGAACUGCGGCGACUAGCGUGUGCACCGCUCAUGCCACUGAAGGUGGAUGAAGGUGAUGGCUACUCCCUGUUUCACGCUGCCUCGAUGGGCUUCUGGGGCGUGCACGACAGAACAAACUUGCUGAGAGAUGCUGUUCUGCAUUCACUGCAUGAUAUGAAGGCUCAGUUUGUCAUUUACAAGCGAUGGAGCGAGGACCGGCAAAUCCGUGCAGCGAUCAGUGGAACUAGUUUAUUACCUGAGACAACGGAGCUGUGGGAGACUGCUAAGCAGACCAUGCCGCAGCUGUACGUGUUCUCCCUUGCCAACGUCACACAGCGGCCAAUCAUCGUGUAUGCGUCGCCUCAGUCGGAUGUCGGAGGUAUCUACCUGCCGCUACUAUGGGGAAAUCUGGCAACAAUGCAUCACUCCAGCGACAGCAAUACCUUGCUGAAGAACCCGCUAGUCUUGGGCUAUGACUCUUCAAGAAAUCACUUCGUCCCGCUGUGCACUUUCAAGGGCACAAAGGGCCCUCGUCUCAUUCUGCUACCCCUGGUAUACUCCAACAAGGAGCCAUUGCCCGUACAGUUUCUGACACGUCAGGAGGUUCCUCAUCAGAAUACUCUACUGCAGCAACUGAUGAAUGUACAUAUUCAUGAGAGCAGCGCACCGUCAAUCUAUGUCGAGCCAGGAUCACCAAUGAAAGCUUCUCUGCCGCCAACGCUGCACAAUCAGAAAGAUGGCGCCAUCCCCACGGCUGUGUUGGAUACGCCUGCUAUGCCCGAGGUGCUGGACAGUCUCAUGAAGCGAUUUGAGACUCUGUUUCUAUGAUCAGCGAGAAGGCAUUACGAGGCUUCUUCUCCCUAUGAUUGUCUGGUGAGAUCUGCCUCAUCCCCACGACAAGGACGGUGAAUCCAGACAGUCACGGGCGACUGUGAGUUGUUCAGCCGGCUUAGGUGAUUGCUUUGGAGAGGGCCGUAUCGCCUAUAUGGGUAGUGAUCAGCAUUCAGUCAGCUCUGGCCAUUAGCAUUCAGUCUGCUCUGGCCGUGACGGUAUCCUGAGGUGAACAUAGACUGUGACAGCAGUUCAGCUAGGACAGGUUCAGCGGCCCAACCUGUACGACACGUCUCCCUGAAUGCACUGUUCCGGCAUGUGUAUCUGAUCAUCAGGGCGCUGUGAAACCGUAUGGCACAGUCGCUGCAGCCCGGGUGAUGCCUCUUUUCAGUGGUGUCUCCCCAAAUGGACUCUACUUUAAAAGACUCACGUGGCUUGGGCUAGGUGGUACAGCAGGCUACAUGGCCUUCACAGAGAAUGUGAUCUUACCUCCCCAGGCCACCUAGGCCUACUUAUAAGUGAUUUCUGCCUCAUUAAAAUCCACGAACGUUUAAUAGUACAUGUACAUGUAGUCACGUGUCCCUGAGAAUCCGCGAACAGCGUCACAUUUUGUUCUUUUCGAGUCAGUGUGGACUUCGCUACAUGAUACCUUAGACACGGAUUCUGCUCAGACCAGGUAGCCCAGCGCAUUGUACAUACUUUUCUAAGGCAGCUUGUCAAAAUGCCUGUAAUUACCCGUUCUACAGUAUGUGUGUGUGUGUGUGUGUGUGUGUGUGUGUGUGUGUGUGUGUGUGUGUGUGUGUGUGUGUGUGUGUGUGUGUGUGUGUGGUGUGUGUGUGUGUGUGUGUGUGUGUGUGUUUGGUGUGUGUGGUGUGUGUGUGUGUGUGUGUGUGUGUCCUUUCUUGGAAAAUGUCUUUGCUGAGCUUCACGGUUCCACGUUUAUUCAAUUUCCCAUCACUGCGGCUUCUCCCUUUGCUUGCCACUUGAAGUUUCAGCGGCUUGACCUUCAAUAUGAUUAUGAUACCAA